AUGAACCAAAUGAUUAACAUCCACUGCGCAAAUAAAAAUCCUUGUUUGUUUUUCCUUCGCUUUCAUAUCUGUCCAUCCUCCAUUCUUGUUGCUUCAAACACGAUCCGAAGUUCAUCAACUACAUCGAUGCUGACGAUCAUACUUCUAGCACUAUUUGUAAAUUUGGAGGCAACACGCCGUCCUGCACAAACCGGACAACCGGCUACUACAACUCUCAUCACGAAUGUACCCUAUGAAGGGAAGCAUAUAUCAAAAUAUAUCAGCAUUGCAAAAUCUCAGCUUGAAAGCCAGCUGAAGCGUAACAAACUCCCUUACAUCGAAAUGCCAGACUGUAAAAUGAUGAUAAAUAUGGCUAAGGAAGCAAAGAGAUCAAAUGGCCUAAUAAAAUCCGCAAGUGUGAAGUGUGGAAAGGGCCCCGCUAAAAACGUUUAGAGCUGAAGAAUUGCUGUUUGAAAUGUUCAAGAAACCAUAAAAAUGUGCGUG